AUAGUGUAAAUUUUCGUACGUACCGUGAACGGCACUCGUUCGAGCUGUUACGGAUUUCGGGUGUCAUCGGGAAAAACCGGGCGGUGUCGAUAAGCUAAGAAAUGUACCGUCGUGCGCCUCGAGCUCGUUUCGUCAAACCAGGUAGGGUCGUUGCCAUCGAGCCUACCCUACGAAUCGAUAUUACCAGUGCGGAGGAGAGGACGCUUCUUUCUCCCUCACACUUUCUUGCCGCUUUCUCCCUCCUUAUUUCUACAUCCAUCUUUUACCUGUCGCUCUCUCGCUCUAUUCGCCCCUUGUUAUCUUAGUUUCGCUAUUCGUUCGUGCCGUGUGCCCGACGUCGUCGUUCGUAGUUGCUGUGUGGUGUAUAUUCAAAUCGUGAGUGUUUGCAUGCUACGCGCAAAUCAUUUUAUGCGCCCGUGUCUGUGUACGUGUGCGCGCGUGCACGAACGCGACUGUGCGAUAUCGUAUGUGUAGGAAGGGUUAAUAUCGCGGGAGCGAGAGAGAGAGGAAACGUUUGCGGGGUAAAAGGAGAGAGGUUAGUUUCACCGUUUCUUGGAAAAAGAUCGAGAAAAAGUGUUGCGCGUGCAAGGAGGAUACUACGUGGCUUAUCGGCGCAUCGACGACAGCGUGCCUCUCGACGUGGAUUUUCGCUCGACGAGAGGGUUGCGUAAAUCUUCUCUCCCUCCUCUUUCCCUCGUCUGUUGGAAUCACUCUGUCUUCCUCGUGUACUUCGUCCCUCUCCUCCCUUCCUCUUUCUCUCUCUCGAACGUGUGUCGCGGUCGGGUAUGGCGCUGCCCAUAGGCGCCGAUACGCCCCGGGGUGUCGAGGCUGACUCGACUCGAGUCGAGUCGUUCGUUCGUCCAUCCGCCGACCAUCCUCCCCCUUGUUGUAUUCAUUGAGCCGCUUGUUCCCCAGUACGCCUCUACAGUUCCUUCCCUCGCGAGGGAGCAUCAUUGUUACUGCCGAUCGUGCUCACUUCCUCCUCGUGAUUUUUACCCGUCUGUCUGUUGCAUUUUCGUAUUCGGCCAAUGUAGCCUUCGAUUCGUUUGCAAUUGUUACCACGUACCAUAACAGAUCACGAGAAGGAAGGAUAUGAUAAACUGUGGCCGAUGAAGGAGAGAGCACGAGCGCGAGCACGAGUACGAGCAGGAGCACGAGCAAGAGCAAGCGGCUUCGUCGAAGAAGGCGAGAAGAAGCGACGACGAGGCGGCGGGAGCAAUACCAAUAAAAAGAUCAACACUAGAUCUGAUGUUAGCGGACAUUAACGGUAACCUGGCGGAUCUGAGAAGCGAAGCGAUGGCGUCGCAGCGGUUUUGUCUGCGCUGGAAUAAUCAUCAAAGUAAUCUACUCUCCGUUUUCGACCAACUGCUCCAUGACGAGUCGUUCGUCGACGUUACGCUGGCCGUCGAGGGUCAGCUACUCAGGGCGCAUAAAAUGGUGCUGUCGGCGUGUAGCCCCUACUUUCAGGCCCUUUUCGUUGGCCACCCCGACAAGCACCCGAUAGUCAUUCUGAAAGACGUUCCCUACGUGGACAUGCGCAGCCUUCUGGAUUUCAUGUAUCGAGGCGAGGUCAGCGUCGAUCAGGACAGGCUGACCGCCUUCCUGAGAGUCGCCGAGUCCCUCAGGAUAAAGGGCCUGACCGAGGUGAACGAGGACAAGUGCGACUUGCCCAGUAUCACCUCGUCGUUGCUUGGCAAUCAGAACACAGUACCUCCGCCACCACCGAAUCUACAUAGAAUAAACCAAAUCGGGCCUCAUCAUCACGUAUCGCAGAAGAGGAUGCACCACAUGUCGAGCCAUCCUCUUCUCGGUUCAGCGUUGUCCGCGCCGAAGAGGAAACGUGGAAGACCGAGGAAGCUGAGCGGUUCGUCCGACACGCCGAUCGGCGAGAUGACUGGCCAGGAGCUGCAGUCCUGCUCGGGCGCCGAUCUCGUGCAAGGCUCGCCCGAGAUGAUGGAGAUGAAGAUGAGUAUCGACUUUCAGAGCGAGGGGACUGGUAACAACGGAAGGAGCGGGAACGCGGGCGGCGGCGGUUCGACGGGCAACAACGUGAGCAGCAACAACGUCGGGAACUCUGGUUCGGGGGCGACCAGUCUGGCCGCGUCCUCGUUGUCGUCGAGAAGGGACGAGCCGACGGAGAACGGCACCGACACGCCCGAGUCGCUGACGCCACGCGUGAAACGGGAACCCGAGCCCACGCCUAGCACCUCUGCCCAAGCCUCCGACGAGACGUUCGCGCGGCCGCACAGUAGACAAGGGAGCGAGGGUUUCAAGCAAGACUUCUCAUCGGGGAGUACGAAAUCGGAUGGAGAGACGUGGAAAGAGAAGACACGAAACCUCGGGACAGGAUCCUCGGGGAGUCAAGCGAGCACGGAAACAUCGAGCGCGAGAUCGACCGCGACAACAUCAUUGACCACGACGACGAGCUCUACGUCCACCGCGGCCUCGAACUCCGCCACGAACACGACCACGGCGCCGUCGAGAAGCUCGUCGGCGUCGCCCGCCACUGGCAGAAACAACGCCCAGAACAGCGGCAGCAGCACCCCGACGACGAACUCGUCCACCAGCGGCCACCAGAUCGGCACGAUGUCCGCACCUCCGGGUCGCCAGGUGCCCAAGAGGCGCAUGAGACGUCGCGCUACCUCCCACUCGCAGGAUCCCGCCGAGCAGCUGACCGAGAUGUCCGUGCGCGGGCUGAAUCUCUUUCGCUACGCCUCGAUCUCCGAGGGCGUCUACCAAUGCACCGAGUGCGCGAAGCUCGACAUACAGAAAACGUUCAAGAACAAGUACAGCUUCCAGCGGCACGCUUUCCUGUACCACGAGGGCCACCAGAGAAAGGUGUUCCCGUGCCCAGUGUGCGGCAAAGAGUUCUCCAGGCCCGACAAGAUGAAGAACCACAUGAAGACCGUGCACGACUGCUUCAUGCCCAAGGAUUGCGUCGUGCCCUUUGGCUUUUUUCUCUCGCCUUAGCGGGCGGUGCGAGGGCGAGGUGGGGUGGCGAUCGGUCCAGCACGAAGAACGACCACGACGCCGGACGACCAAGACGGACGAACGGAAACCGCCGCGACCAGCGGCACCCAAAGGAACGCGAGGACCUCGACGGCGAGGACGACGUUGAAACACUCGUCCGCGACGAAGAUCGUGUCCGUGUUCAGGCGGGGCCGCGUCUAGGGGGCGAUCGAAACCAAGUUUCGUGCUACUCCUCGCGGUGUCCCCCCAAGUCCCAGUUGUCCGCGAAACGUGGCGCGUCACGGAGGAUACGCGGAAACGAAACAGUCUGCCCCCCCCGUUCCGAAUGUGCAAACACCGUGUGUCGCGUGGACCAAUCGCAUGGCCCCAUCUCACCCCCGCGAUGAUCGAUCCCCCAAGUCUUAAUCGAGUUAGUCGUUAUGAGGAGCCCGACGGGUUGUCGCUCGAGAAGAAGAGCCCCCCGGAGACGCGUGGCGACCGGGUGGAGGAGAUCAACGCGACGGAUCGAUCGCGAAGAAUAACAGGGGCCCGUAGACGCGACGAGUUAUACUGCACGAACUGAGAACGAAUUUAUGUGCACUGCACAGAUUCACGAACACUGUCAGUGGAUUAGUUUUUUUCGUAACCCUUUAUAGUACCAACUGUGGGGUGAUUGAGGAUAGUAUUGAGUUGCUUUUACAGAAAUAAUAGUUCCUUUUUUUAAUAUCAAUUUAAUAAUAUCGAUUUCUAUAUUGAUUAUAAUAGAUACUGUGCCAAAUCGAAGCAGUGUUUAAUGAUCUAAUUAAUGGCAAUAAAUGUAAUCAAAUUUCUUAGUUAUACUCUGUUAAUUUCGUUAGUAACAGUAUGCAUAAUCUCUGCAUGAUUCAAUGAUUCUUAAUUCGUCGAUAAAUUUUUAAUUUGUGUUGCUUUUGACAUAUUUACUAUAAUUGUGAUCAAGAACUGUGGGCCUGAAAGGGAUUAAAAAUUCUCUAAACUCUGUCAUUGGUAGAAGUUUAAGAGGUCCCAUAAUAGCGCGUAGGCACCAUAGGACUGGGAACGCUUUGAGCGGAACGGAUGCGCGCAACGUCAGCCGCCAUCAUGCGUUAGUGGCUGGCGUGGAUCGCGGCAAUAAACAAGUGCAUUUUCUGCUCGUUUAUCUUGUGAGUAGCGUGCUUGAGAAGAGGACAGAUUCGCUGUCAGUGUUCGUGCGCAUGUAAUGGCAUGGAAAAUUUUGUUCGAAGCGUGCCGUGAGUGCCCCCCUGUGUUGUAACGACAAUUUACAAACGGUCGCGUCAAUCAUUGUUUUACAAUUUGCUGUGUGACAGAUCGUUGCGUCUACGGCCCCUACGAAGGAUGUUUGUCCUCGAACGUGGCUACUCGAGCGAUGUGCCCCUCUAUGUACAUUAGUAUUAUAUGAUCCUUGAACCGUGCAAUAGCGCGCAAUGCUUGUGAGCCGAUCGACGUUCCGGUUGUUCUCCCUCGCUCGUGCGUUCGGCGCGUUUUAACGCGCGCGGCGGCGUAAGUGACGCGUAAAGUGAAAUUUGGCUCGCGAGUCGACGAACAUUUUAAAAUUUCACCGAGAAACAGCCCUCUCGACGUUUCUCGAGCUUACGUGCACGCGUGCCCGUGUAUUUAAACCAUUGUUUCACAGCGCCGACAAAUUCGUCGUGUCGGGCUCCCGCUAUCUUAUUCCCCUCCUCCCCCACUUCUUACCUCCCCCACCCCCUCCCCGCGUAACAAAUGAAUUGUUUAAUGGACGCAGUAUUUUACGCGGGCGUAGUCUGCAUUAAUUCCAAUUUUUUCUCGUUAUCUUUUGAGAAUCGAAAUUUAACGACAUCGGCGAACAAAGAAGAAAAUUAUUCUUAGAAUACUAACGAGCUUUCUCGUGCCUUUAUCGAUGUUUUUCUGUUUUUUUUUUCCUUUUUUUUUUGUAAGGAUAGCUUGGUAUAUAUACAUACGUAUCACGGGCAAGAAGUGUAUAAAAAUUGUGCAAAAAGAAAAAAAGAAAUUUUACAUUAACGGUUUAGCGAUGAUACAGAGUAACGUAAGCAAUACGAACAAUGGGACUGACAAAAUGAUGUUAGUACGAGUAAUUCAUUCUUUCUUCUAGAUCGUACCGUGAUGAUAGCUUUAAAAGUGCGUCGAUGCUUUAACGUACAAGGUUUUUCGAUUUUUUUUUCUUUCGUUCGUUUCUUUUUCUUUUUUUUUUUCAAAUGAAAUUUCAAUUUUGGCAGGCAAUAUGUGAAACGUUGGUUAGAAAUAUGUUCCCUCUUCUUCUCGGUUAUUUUAAAACUGCACCUUUCGUAGUCCCUUCGACGUCUGCGUAGAACUCUGCAUAGUCACAGUCGAGAUACUUCCAUUUUCUUUUACCGUUAGAGCGAGAUCGCGUUCUUAGAAAGAUGCGUAUAUUCAUCUCCGCCUACGACACGUGUCAUUCGCUUGUAGGUUAAAAAACAAAAAAAAUAGUAACGUUCUUCCAAUUCCUCGAACGGAUCCGAAAAUACCGUGGAAGGCAAAGUAAUUAAGUGAACCCCUUAAUAAUGAACGUGCAGAGUUUCGUAGUCAGGAUUUUCUCUUUUUUUUUUUUUUUUUAAUUUUUUUUAAUUGUUUUUGUAAGCCAUACAGAUUUGAUUCCAAUGGUGCGUAGCGAAGCGUAUUAGUAAAAUGUUAAAAAGAAGAAAAAAAAAGAAAGAAGAAGAAAAUGUAUAUUUAUCACAGAGUUUAUAACAGUUCGCUACGAGCACAGGAGACUCGUAGAGUUCGAUAGAUAGCGCCUCCGAUAGAGAGAAAGAGAAGGAACACGAAUUAUACUGCAUAGCAGCCUCGGUAUAUGUACAGGUUCUCUGGGAAAGUGUAUUAUAGUUAUUACCAAUUAUUAAUUAUUACUAUUAUCAUUAUCAAUUUACCAUUACUUGCACUACUAUUAAUGCAGCAAACAAUAUUAUUUUUAUUAUCACCGUUACAAUUAUUGCUAUUAAUAUUAUUGUUUGAUAAGAAUUAUUAACUUUUAGCUAUGGACAAGCACCGAUAAAAUUGGUUAUUAUUACUAGGUAUAUAAGUUAUAUGCACACGCAAGCACGGACACGUUAUAGAGAAAGUUAUAUGUAUACAAACAUAAUAUACAGGGUGUUGCAUUUUAAUACUGUCGUACAAUUAUAUCCAGAACCACAAGUUAUUCAAUGAAACGAUUUGGCGUUGUGUGAACUAUACCAGCUAACAAUUGGCAUACAAUUGUGUUUAAAGCAAUGAAUACUAUAAAACAGUGCGUAGGAUAGAAAGUCAUACUCGGAAUAAGAUAACUUUUGUCUGAAAUAUUUCGUUGAGUAAUCGGUAGUUUGGCAGAUAUUAGUACGAAGAUAUUAAAAUGGGAGAUCCUGUGUACUUAAAAUGGGCCUCGGUUAGUUCGGGUCUAGACCGUUUGUUUUUUCUCUUCGAUUUAUUAUUAUUAUUAUUAUAUUAUUAUAUUAUAUUAUAUUAUAUUAUAUUAUAUUACGAUAUACUUUUUCGUUCGUUCGUUCGGUUAAAAAUCUGAGAAAAAAAAAUCUGUUAUUUGAUGAUACGCUAUUAACACGUUUUCUUUUCUUUUUUUCCGGUGUUGGGACACCGCAGAGUAGACGUAGCAAGGUCGAAUUACGUAAAUUUUUUCCGAGAAUCACGCUGAAUAGAAUUAACGCAAACGAAGCUUACGAUUCGUUCGUAGGGAUAUAACGAGUUACUUAUCGCUCCUCCGUGUCCGUUUGACAAUACGAAAAAGCAACGUAGUCGCGCGAGAAUUGAGAUGUUUACGGUUCGUCGCGCCCCGUACCUCUUUGUUGUUAUUACUCCUUCGACAGAAAAGUCUGGUUCUCAUCUGGGCGCUUCGAAACGAAUAAACGCAGCAAUUUUGUACAAUAAUUAGCAAUAACGAGCGCGCCGUUGAGUACUUCCAGGAAAAGUUGUAUAAAGGGAGCGCGAACAUUCCGUCCCGAGUGGGAGAGGGGCGUAUUCGCCAAAAAAUUCGACGCCAUCUUUGUAACAUUUUUGACCAAGCAACGUGUGUAAAAAUUGUCAUCAACAAACGAGCACUCACUUUGAGUUAUUCCUGAAAAUUGAUUAUGCAGGUAUUGUUGGAAGGAAGAAAGAUCAGUCUUAGGGUAAGAAGAACAUAAUUCAUGAUUCCUUCGAAGACUGAUCCUCGUUUCUCCCUGCAGUACGCGCAGACGCGUCUCAGUCACGUUGAGAACAGUUUCCCACUUAGGCCACGCCCCCGCGGGACAGACGCUCGCGCUCCCAACUAUACAUGUCGGUGACAUCGAACAGUUUUGCGAGCUCUGAUAUUACACGGAUCUUUUCCAUCCAUGCUGCCUGCCCCACAGUUCUACGAAUUUACUAGAAGUAUUUGCUCGUCGAGCCUCCCGACGCAAAACGCCCGAAACCCAAAUCAUCCCCCGCCCCUUUUCUCCCGAUAUCCGAGCUGCAAGAGAGCAUUCGAACGAAUACCGAACGGAAAGGAGUAUUUUGGUCUUCCGACGUCGGUGUUAUAACGGCGUGAUAGCAUGUGAAAAUGAGCGUGGAUGUGUACGUGCGAUAUAUAUGUAUGUCAGAAUGAUGGUUGGUCGCGAGAGAGCUAUUUAAAAGAAUAUAUAUAAAGAGAUAUAUUACGUGAGAGGGAAUAAUGUGCACCCGCGUGAGAAAGGAACCGACACUCCCCCCUUCCCCCCUGCGCAGAAAUUUAUAUAUUUUCAUGCCUUUUUUCUACGUCCAGUCGGAUCGUCGAUACGUCGUAGAACGGAUUAUACUUUGAUAUUAAGCGCGCGUGAACGCAUUCGGGUAUACAUAUCGUACAAUUAGGCUUUAACCGAUCCGGGUAUAUGUGUUACGUAUCGUGACUACGAAUUUGCGUAUAUGCGAUGGAUACAAAAAAAAGAAAAAAAAAAAAAAAACAACGGGCAUCAUAUGCAAUUCCGCUUGAUUUCGUUUAACGAGAGGGAAUUCUAUUUUGAAAAAAAAAAGACAGAAUCCGUCUAUCGCGUGCGUUACGAGGCCUCUGGGUGUGUUGAUCGCGAGCCUCUAAAAAAAUUUUCCACUUCCAUGCGACGUGUGCAAAAGCAAUUCAGGACGGUCGUGUCGCUCUUCUUUUUUUUUUUUCUCCACUUUUCCAUGCACUGUGACUACCUUACUUCUUACGUUUUAGUUUUAUACCACUACUGUAAGAGUUCUAUUAUUAUUAUACCUAUUACUAUUGUCAUCGUCAAAUAACGUUUAUUUUAUUUUUUAAUUUUAAUUGUAUCAUCGGGUAAUUAGUUAGCGCGGUAAGGUGCGUUAGGCUUUAAAAUGAAAACCACAGCAACGCGUUUAGGGAACGAGACGUGAGGAUAGCCAGACGAAUGCAAACAAACGGUUAUUAUAUUUAUAAUGCAGAUAUUUUAUUUGAGCGUUAAAAUGCUACAGCUUGCGACACAACGCGGCGCCUACUAUGUUUCCACUUUUGCUCGGCCAACGUGGCGGAUGUUUCAUGUAUCGCGUCGUUCCGACGAAUCGACUUGUAUUUAUGUAAGAUGGUUGACCGCUGCAAAUUUUAUUCGUGUUGGGUAGCUGAACAAGCGGGCGAAUUUCGCGAAUCAUUCGAAGCUGAGUUGAGGUGACGACGCUCUUUGUUUUUUUUUUCUCUCGUCUGUCGUCGGAACGCCGCGAAAUAUUAGAAUUUAGUUUAAUCGAUUUCGAAAAUUGUUGAAAAAGGUUUCGCUACUCGUUUCACUGUCGGUAAAAAAAAUUUGUAUUGGAUAAGCAAUCGCGUAAACACAUUCUCUGCAAUCUUUGUCAACUCUGGAAAAAGGCGAAAACGCAGUAUGGCGUCCCGAGUAAAUACGAGAAUUUACGUUCGAUUUAAUAAAAAUUAAUGCAAGCGAGUUUUAGCAAAUUUACGAUCACCGUUAUAUGUAUAUAAAUAUAU